AUUCACGGAUAACUUCAUCUGUUGCUUGGCACGGACCUCAGUCAGCCAAAAGCUAUGAACGUGAUCGCCCGUUUGUAAGCUUUAUUAUUAUUAUUUUUCAUGUGUUAAUAUAAUUAUCGUUUAAAUUGUUCAAGUACCGGCAGAAUAAUAACUGAGCCUAGAAACCAUGUCCGCUGUAAACGGUAAAGACAACUCGGAGCCAGUCAUUCCGCCGUCGGCACUCAUAAGAAGAGUCAGCUCUCGCUCUGUAAGGAACUCGAUAUCGGAGGAAAAGGAGAACGGAGUGGAGAGUAGUACGAACAAAUCAUUCGUGGCCAAGUACAAAAAAACACCGGAGGCAUUGAAAAAUUUCCAUUUGAACGAUGAAAGUGAGUUGGAAGUGCCAGGGACGCCGAUGACGCCGAGGACCUCAACCACACCUGGUCAUGAGAACUGCACAUUCCACCACGACCUGGAGCUGGACCACCGGCCUCCCACCAGAGAAGCGCUCCUGCCCGACAUGGCUAACUCCUAUAGACUGCUACUCACAGGUCUGGGUGAAGAUCCUGAAAGACAGGGCCUGCUGAAGACUCCGGAACGCGCCGCCAAAGCUAUGUUGUUCUUCACUAAAGGAUAUGACCAAAGCCUCGAAGAGGUCCUUAACAACGCAAUCUUCGACGAGGACACCGACGAGAUGGUGGUGGUGAAAGAUAUCGAGAUGUUCUCGAUGUGCGAACAUCACUUGGUGCCCUUCUAUGGAAAGGUCUCCAUCGGCUACUUACCGCAAGGCAAGAUCUUAGGGCUCAGCAAGUUGGCCAGGAUCGUUGAGAUAUUCUCCCGCCGCCUCCAAGUUCAAGAACGUCUCACAAAGCAGAUUGCAAUUGCUGUGACGCAAGCAGUGCGACCGGCAGGGGUCGCGGUAGUUAUAGAGGGAGUGCACAUGUGCAUGGUUAUGCGGGGAGUUCAAAAGAUCAACAGUAAGACGGUGACGUCCACGAUGCUGGGAGUGUUCCGGGACGACCCCAAGACCCGAGAAGAGUUUCUCAAUCUCGUACACUCCAAGUGAGGCCGUGACUUGAUUCCUAUAAGACGUCCGUAAUGUUUCUUUUAGUUGCUUGUAAUAUUUUAUUUUUAUUGUUUCUUUUUCCAUCAUUUAAGUGCAUGACAUUUAACGUAUUUAUCAAAAUUAAUUAUGUAUAAAUACAUAUUAAGAAUUUAACAAAAAUACUAAAAUUAAUUUAUUUUAAAGUUUAAAAUAUCUACUUAAAAUAAAACAUUAGUACAAAAAAAACCAACCACAGUAAAUUUUUAUCCGACUUCAAAAAUAAAGAGAAUCUGAACGCGACUGUAUUUUUUAUAUUUUACACGAUAUAUUAACCGCUUUUGAUUAUUCUUUUUCAAUCGAUGACGUCCACUCCUGUCUUUGUUUUACUUCUAUUAAUUUUGUCACAAUUGAUGUCACUGUUUCCUUGCGAGAUAAAAUGCUAAAUUACAGUUUUUGUAAUGUAUUUUUUAUUUUUCCUUAAUAACUGUAAAAACAUUUAAAAAUUUUAUCCAACUAUAGCAAAAACGUAAGCAAAGACGAAUUUUGUGUUUAUACAAAUAAAUGCAAUAUAAUAAUAUCAAAAAGGAAAAAAUUAAAUAAAAAUUUGUUUAGAAAUAAAAAAAAUAUACAAGGUUCUAAUAAUUUCUUUAAAAUUGAAAUUAGUCAAAAAUAUUGCUUAAUUCCUUAUGUUCUUUGCUUUUCUUUUAUUAUUAUUUGAAAGUAAUUCCCGUUAUACCAUUAAAGUUCACGUCUUAAGGUCAUUCCUUUUAUAUAAAUUGUAUUUUUUUAUUACAUCGCUUUUAUAUCAGAACAUUUCUUGUUUGAUCUCGAAAAAAGUUAUUUUCCACUUAAAAAUAUAUACGUAAAUAAUACAUACUUUUUUUUUUUUAAUUAAUUUAUACUUAAUAAUAUAGUACAUUCUGUUAAAAUUAAUUUAAGUGCAGCUUUAAAUAUUUUAUUUGAUAUAAAUGGCAUAUUCACAUUUUUCCUUUUAAUUUAAAUAAAAAAAUAAUUUGCUUAAAUUGUAAAUGUUAUGCAAAAAUAGUGCCAAUCCUUAUAAAUAUCAGAUAUUUAAUGUUAACACAAUUAUAGUUUUGUACACAUAAUAUUUUUUUUUAUAUUAUUAUUAAUAUUAUUAAAAUAUUUAAUUUUAAGCUCAAAUAGUAACGUUCAGUAUUUGAAAAAAAAAUUACUGCCUUAGUUAUUAAGAAAUCAUUUCUUGCCAAUCAAUAUGCUGUCUAAUUCGUUGUAUAAGCUUUUUUUUUUUUCUUAAAUAACUUUUUUUUCUAGUUUCCUUUAUCUUUCCAAAUUUACACUUAAGAAUUUGUUAAAAAAAAAUGACAAUAAAUUUAUAUAAAAAAGCGGGGAAUUUUGGUAAGAAUUUUAUUGCCCAAAAUUACCAUUAUUCCCACAAUACUAACCAUAUUUAUUAAAAUGUUCAGUACAAAAAAAAAAUAUACACUUAUUUUAAAGAGAAAAAUAAUAAUAUACAACGAUUUUAUUUCGUAGAUCAAUUGUUUUAUUUGUGUUCCAAGUAAAAAUCUCAAGUGAUUAUGGCUGAUACUUGACAUUUUUGCUAAAAUAUUUAUAUUGUAUUUAAAAUUGAAUAGAUUUUAUAGUUAUUUUUUAUUAAUUAUAAGAAAUAUAACCGUGUUGCCUUAAAUACAAUGUGAAUGUACGAAUUUGGACGAUGAUUUGUCAUUGAUGUUACUACAAGUUCAUGAGAGUUCAUAUGUUUUAUAAAUAAACGUUUUUUAUUUUAAGUUUA